GUCCAAUAUGUUGAGCAAUAUUCAGCAUGCUCCAGUUGUGGUCGGUGAUAUUUGCUCCCCUGCUAAGUCAAGCAGGUACACCGACUAGCCUGGAGGUAUGGCACUGCCGGUCUGAGUAACACAUUCACUCCUCCAGCCUCCCUCCGCCUCCUGUCCAAACCUCCUCUUGUCACCAUCCUCUGCUCAUAUCUAUCCUUCUCGCACACCCCAUCUGACCAAUUCAUCGCGCUUCGUUCUUCGCAUCUUCCACAUAGUCCAACUGACCUUUUCACAACGCAAUCAUGAUCCUCAAGACCCUUCUCGUCCUGCUCCUGGCUGGGCUCAUUGCCGCCCAGGCGACCGUGACCGAUAUGUUCAUUGGAAUCAUGGAACCGCAGACCGAAGGCCUCGUCGCGUCCGUCGUGGGCGAAAACGCGGACGAAACCACCUACCUCGUUACCUGCGUGACCCCCCAGCAAACGAACCCGGCGACAUCAGGAUGCAGCCUGGCCGCCGACGUGACCGUCAUAGCCGAGCCAUCCACGACCCAAGUCUUCAGCACCGCCACGAGGGACGAUUUCAUCGGCUACGAAUCCAUCAUCUGCGCCUUCGACAACUCGCCCCUGGUCACCUGCACCCAGACCACCCACAUCCAGGGGUCCCCGAUGCACGCCCACCACGAAACGUGGAGUGCGAUCGACCAAGCCGCCGGCUACGCCCUCGUCACCCAGAACCUCACGCGCUUCCCGGUGACCAUCACCGCUACCGCUGGUGACGCCGUGACGGCUACGGCUACGGCUACGGCGACCACCGACGAGGUGUUCACGCUGUUCAGCUCGUCGGUCCCCACGGCCACUGUGACGGUUCCCCACGCGGCGGGGCCUUCGGGCUCGAGUGCCAAGAACCAUACUUCGGGGGGUGGAAUGACUACUGGGACUGCUGGUGGUACGGGUACUGGCUCGGCGAACGGGACGGGGCACGCCACGUCGACGAACGCGGUGACCUCGUCGAAGAGCCAGGGUGCCGGACCUUUGAUCACCGGGGAGGCGAUGGUGGUAGCAGGCGUUGCGGCUGUGGCGCUUGCUGCUGCUGUUGUUUUAUAAGAGUCGUUGAGGGCUACUGUAGGGAUGGAUCUUCGUUCGGAGGUUGCGCUUGCAGACGGUUGCUUAUGUUAGUGAGACUAUGAUGUAACUGGAGAAUAAUUUGAAGGCAUGGAUUUGCCGGUUAUAAAGUAAAAGCAGUUCCCGGUAGUCUUUGUUGACUAUAAUAUACGGCUGAUAAAUGUGUAGCAUUGUUGGAACAGUUGAGUUUUCGACAUGCCCGGUUCUAUUUCGACCACCUCCAAGAGGAUUACUAGAGUACUCAGUAGUUUAGAAGAACCCCUUCAUCCUCUUUCUGAGCUAAGACAAGAAUUCAACCUGCAAGCGAUGGGGGAUG